UGUCUCUGCUCGUGCUGCAGCUGUCGGGAUUUAUUACUGCUCCCGGUGUGGGGAUGUUGGCAAUGUGUGACACAGGCUUCGGGACACGCGUUUGCCUGCGGCUGUCUGGGGGGAAGCCACCAGCAAGAAAAGGACUGUGCUGCUGUUGGAGCACCAUCUUUGGAAAGCUGUGAGAGAUUCAGACAGGCUUGUGUUUCUCUGUCCCAGGGUUUGUGGCAUAGUAUGGAUUUGACAUCAUCACAGCGUAAUCAGCUACAAAAUCAAUGGGUCAGAGAAUUGGAAAGACAAGAAGGGGAAAAAGAAGAUGAACAGAUAGUUGCAGAAAUCAUGGGGAGGCGUUUUUUUCCUGAUCUUAUAACUCAUAAGACCUGGGAAGGCUUUCACUUUGCCGGCCAUGAGAUAAGAAUUACAGAAGCCACUGAUUGUUACGGGGCAGUCGUCUGGCCAUCGGCUCUCGUUCUGUGUUAUUUUUUGGAAACUAAUUCUAAACAAUGCAAUUUGGUUGACAAAAAUGUGAUUGAAAUUGGAGCCGGAACUGGCUUGGUCUCCAUAGUAGCCAGUUUGCUGGGUGCCUUUGUGACUGCCACAGAUUUGCCAGAACUACUGGGAAACCUUCAGCACAACGUUCUCCACAAUACAAAGCAGAAAUGCAAGCACCAGCCUUGUGUUAAAGAAUUGUCUUGGGGAAUUGAUCUGGAAAAGAACUUUCCUAGGUCUUCCUGUCACUUUGACUACAUUAUGGCUGCUGAUGUAGUUUACUACCAUCCAUUCCUGGAUGAACUCCUCCUAACUUUUGAUCACUUGUGCAAGAAUGAUACUGUUAUUCUGUGGGCCAUGAAAUUUAGGUUGGAGAAAGAGAACCAAUUUGUGGACAGAUUUCAGACGCUGUUUGACUUAGAGAUGAUUUCUAAUUUUCCCAGUUUGAACAUAGCCUUGUAUAAAGCAAUGAGGAAAGGCAGGAUGAAAGCCAGACCUUCCAAACUGAUGGUCUGAAAGAGAGAUACAGGGAGGUGACAAUUUCAGCUGUCCUGCUUGUUCUCUGUUCAAUAAUUUCCAUUUUAGUAGCUGCUGACACCUACAUGAAUGGCAUUUCUAGAUAGGUAAAACAAAUCAUCAGAUUCCUAGUGCAUUCCUAUAAAUUCCUAAAUUCAAUUUGCCAACAGUGUUAUACACAGAAGAGAUAUAUCUGUGACAUUUUCUUGACUUUUAUGUGCUAAGCUGACAGCUCUAAUAACUUUCACAAGUCUUACCAUUAUUGUUAUGGCUCAUACAAUGAACAUUUCCAAAAGUUUUCAAUUGCAGCUUUGAGCAGUCUCUUACAAGUUCAAACAAUUAUUUAAAACUUAAGACUAUAAAUCUUUGUAUUUAAAAGUUUUGGUGUCAAAUCUGAUAUUUCCCCAUUCUCACUAUCAUGUUAAUCCUUCCUUUGAAUACCCUUAAUAGGACAUUGAAUUAGCUGAAAAAAACUCACCACCUGGGAAACACACUGUUAUAAUAAAGAGAUAGAAUAUAUUAGUUGCUCUUAAUUUAUUGAUUAUGCUUCCAUUUUUUACUUAAAUUCAGGGAUUCUGCAACAGACAGCUACACACAUGGGACAAGCGGGAGUUAAAUGUUUUGUUGCUUGAACAAAGGCCUUGUAUUAGAAGCAUACAGUGUAUCACCAGCUGCCCUUCGCAAAGACUUUAAAUUCUUGGUCUGGAGGUCUGCUCCUCCAAAAAUAGCCGGUUAUCUGAACCUGAGGGAAUAACAAUGGAAAAAGGACAGUGGCCAUCCAGAGAGGAGCUUUGCACUGCUGGCUGCUGGUGGCUGGAGGCAGAAAACGAAACCAGCCUGUCAUGGUGUGGCUGAGGCAUGGAUAGGCUUAGAUUUAUUUAUUUUUUUUUUUUUUUUUUUUUAGUGUGAGCAAACAAAAUUCUUUCCUCCUGGCCACUCAGUACUGCAUGCUCCUGUUUUCGGUGCUCUAUCCAAGAGUGUUCUUUUGGGAACAUUAAUAAAAUUAUUUUUUCCACACAUCGUAUUUUCUGAUUCUGUAUGUAGUUGAUUUUGAGGCCUUCAAGUCUCUUUCAAACUAGAGAAGAGAGCUUUACCAACUCUACUGUAGCAGGCAACUGCCCUAGUAAUAUGGAGGCUCUGGGGACUGGCAGUAUUUAUCUUUUUAGCUCCUGUUUGUAUAUUCUCUCAAGGAGUUUUUUAUUUUUUAUUGUUGAUUUCCUGAACAUACUAUUGCUUUUAUCUCUGAUUGUGGCAGCUGCAUGUUACUUAUUUACUCUGGCACAACUGUGGGGAAUGUGAUGUGGAAUGUACUUUUUGUCCCAGCUGAGCAUUGGUGCCCAGUGUUAGACAUGAAGUGUUGCAGAGAGGAGAGAUUGAGCUGCCAAACUUUUCCAGUGGGAACUGGGUAUCCCAUGUUUGAAAGGAAAGCGGAUGAGGAUGUGGAAGGAGGGAUCUGUUGUUGGAGGGGGGGUUGCAGAGAAAAGGUAGCUACAGGGAGAGGGUAAGAUGGAGGAAGAAAAGGAGAAUACAGUGAGACUGACUUAAUAAAUGGUUAGGAACCAUAGCACAGGGGUAGACCAUUUUUCUUGAUACUGAUUGUGAUGGGGGCAUCCUUGGUGAAACACGAAGGGUGACUCUGGGAUAAAAUUAAAACAAUCAGUAGCAUGUCUCAGCCCAGAGGCAAAAUGAAAAGAAAGGGAGUCAACUGUAUUUUCUACCUCUCCUGCUAAGAAAUCACAUGUGAGAUUUCGCCUUGUAGGUUAUUAGAGAAAUAUCUAAUCCUCAUCAGUAAAUUUCCUUGACAAAGUUUGUAGACAGAGGUAGCAUCCUUUAUUGGAUCAAUCAGUAUAGCUAGAAAAUUAGACUUUUUACCAGCUGACAAGGAGUAUUACCCCUCCUUACAGAUGUUAUUAUGCAUAUGUCCUUAGAUAAUUACAGCUGUAGAAAAACAUGACUGCAAAAUGGAAAUACUUGGAAUUUUUUUUCCCACAUUGUGUGAUAGAAAUAGUUUAGAGCAAGUGAAUUAAGAAACAAACAGGGUUCUCUGCCAUUGCUUGAUUUCGUCUCCCUGCUUCCUUCUUGACUUGCUUGCAAUCAUUAAAUCUACUGCAGUUGUAACCAUAAUCCUUGCAUUUGAAAGAGCAUCUCAGUCUACAAAUGUUUCAUGGAUAAAUGGAUUGGCACUAUAAUUGGUGAAAUGAUCUUGUGAACUCCAAAACAAUGAAGGUGAAAGUGGAAGACUACAGCAAAGUGGUUAAGUGGGAUCACUUUUAAAUAGCUGUCCUGCUGACUAGCCCUCCUGUUUGGGCCACAGACUGACCCCUGCUGAGCUUCUGCUGAAGGCAGCAGGAGAUGUGUUUGUCAAAUGGAGUCAGGAUUCAGCAUUUUAGGCCCAACAGCUUGUUAAUAUGUACUGGAAUGUAACAUCAGUUCUCUUUCUCACAAGUCUGCCUAGCACUGCUGUGUGAAGCUUCCUGGGAAAUGUCUAGUGACUGGCUGCUCUAUUGUACAGCCACCUUUUGUCCUCUGGUGUGAUGGGCAGGUUAUUAGCCAUGACCAGUGGACGGUGAGCUUGUAUGUGGCAUUUGCCUAUGGAGUUUAUCAAUGCUCUUUGAGAAUAAGUCUCCCAUAAAUGUCAAGUAUUACUGACCCCUAAAGUCAGUCAUAAUUUUAAUAACCACUUAUUCUUUAUUCUAAUAUCACAGAUAAAGGAUCAAAUUGUCAUUCAGUGCAUUAUAGUGCUAAUACACAUGGCAUUUGUAUCUGUAGUUUCUGAAAGGCAGGGGCCAAGAAGGUCAGUUAAAGCUCCACUUCUAAAGAAUGCUAGAGAAUCUGCCUAUGCUGGUAGGCUUUUACAGUCGCUUAUAGGGUGUUAUGGUAAUCAAACUAAUUUAAGAGAUAAAUUGGGGUGUAUGGUAUAGGUUCAAUCCAUGCCUUGGGUUUUAUGUAUUUCAAGCUAAGAGCAGCAGUAUAUUUUAGUAACUUGAUGGUAUUUGCUAAGUUUUCUCCAAACAAUAUGCUUUUCAAGUGCUAAUAUUUUCAGGAAGGGUUCUUUUUGUAUAAAGUGUAUGUAGAAUUAUUACAGUGAUUUACUCUGCUGCUUAUUUUAUAAUUGCAUCAAGGUUUUUUACAAAUCGUUGCCUUUUGCCUCUCAGAAUUAAAGAAACAAACAGUUUCAACAUUGUAGAGUUUCCA